GACCAAGAAUUGUACGGAGCGAAGGCAACGAUCAACGUAUGGGAGCCGUCCAUUCAGGUCGGGAACGAGUUCAGCUUAUCGCAGAUUUGGGUCUUAUCCGGCUCUUUUGACGGCUCUGAUCUUAAUAGCAUCGAAGCCGGAUGGCAGUCAGGUCAGCCCUGAGCUUUAUGGAGACAGCAGACCCAGGUUCUUCACUUACUGGACGAGUGAUGCCUACCAAGUGACAGGAUGCUACAACCUCCUCUGCUCUGGAUUCAUACAAACUAACAAUAAGAUAGCCAUUGGAGCUUCGAUAUCUCCGAUCUCAUCGUUUGAUGGCAAUCAAUUUGAGAUCAGCAUUCUUAUUUGGAAGGAUCCAAAGCUGGGAAACUGGUGGAUGAGCUUUGGUGACGAUUUGCUGGUUGGCUACUGGCCAGCAGAGCUGUUCACUCACUUAACAGAUAGAGCAACAAUGGUGGAGUGGGGUGGUGAGGUUGUCAACACUCGUUCCGAUGGCAAGCACACAUCGACUCAAAUGGGUUCGGGUCGGUUCGCCGAGGAGGGUUUCACUCGGUCCAGCUAUUUUCGCAACCUUGAGAUUGUUGAUGCUGAUAAUAGCCUGAGUCCUGUUCAGUCUAUCACUACACUUGCUGAAAACCCAAAUUGCUAUGACAUCAAGAGCUCUUCCAGCUCUGAAUGGGGCACCUACUUCUACUAUGGUGGACCUGGGAGCAAUCCCAAGUGCUUGUAAUUUGGCCCAACACUUAGCAACUCCUGUUCACAAUAUCAAGUUCAUUUUUCAGUUCUUUUUUUUGGUCCCUUUCUCUCUCUUUAUCAAUACAAGCCUAUUGGCAAUGCAAUGUGCAGUCUCAAUGUAUUAAGGUGCUGAUAUAUGUUGUUUUGGUGCUGCAGAUAGGGGGUUUAUGAGUUUGUUUUGUUUCUAUUUUUUGUUUGCCCCAGUGUACCAGUUUUCAUGCUUCACCUGCUACAGUAGCAAACAUUUAUGUGCACCAACUGCACACAAUUAAAACUAUAUGAAUCUAUUUAUUGCUACA